AUGGCGGCCGCUCUGCUGCUCCUCUUCCUUUCCGUUUCCUCCCCCCCUUCCGCCGCUUCCUUCCGGCCCGAGGUGAGUGAUGACGUCACGAGAGUGACGUCACCCGAACCCCCGAACCUCCCCCGACCCGGGGACCCCCCUGUACCGGCACCUCGGACCCUCCUCCCCCCCUAUAUCCCCCCUAUAUCACCCCACAGCAUCCAGAACCACACCCCCAAAGUGGGCGAAGCCGCCACUCGUUCCGCCAUCCGUCGAGCGUUCGGGGUCUGGGCGUCCGUCACCCCAUUGAAAUUCAUCGAGGUUCCCCCCACGUCGUCCCCCCCCGCCGACAUCGUCCUGUUCUUUGCUGAGGGAUUCCAUGGGGACAGCUCCCCCUUCGAUGGGGAGGGGGGGUUCCUGGCACACGCUUAUUUCCCCGGACCCCAUAUAGGGGGGGACACUCACUUCGAUGGGGCUGAGCCAUGGACGGCAAGGAAUGAUGACCUGACAGGGGGGGACACUCAUUUCGAUGGGGCUGAGCCAUGGACGGCAAGGAAUGAUGAUUUAACAGGUCACGACCUGUUCCUGGUCGCCCUCCAUGAGCUGGGUCACGCUCUGGGGCUGGAACACUCCAGUGACCCGUCGGCCGUCAUGGCCCCGUUCUACCAAUGGAUGGACACACACGACUUCCAGCUGCCCGACGACGACCGAAGGGGGAUCCAACAGCUCUACGGAGCGCUGGCUGUGGCGGUUGCGGGAUGGCCGUGUUCUGCCCGGAUACCCGCUUCCUAUUGGUCAGUUCUGGCCGGGGCUGCCCCACAGCAUCGACGCGGCCUAUGAGAGGAAGGACGGCAAGUUCGUCUUCUUCAAAGGUCAGAGGUCACGGGGUCAUGGGGUCAGAGGUC